UAGUUCAGAAACCGAGAAAAGCGACCACAGAACACGGCAGACCGCCAACGAAUAUCCGCACGGAGACUUCACCCACGAUGGCAGACAAUUUGAGUACAACGACAUCCGCCCCCAUAACUGAUACGGUCCAGACCGAGCAGGACGUUACUCACGACAACCACGAUGACGAUGUCGACUCGGCGUACGAUACAUCAAGUCUGGCCAGCUUUGCCAUGACCAUCCCCUCUGCCAUCAUGCGCCAUCGCAUGGAAAAUGGCAGACGAUACCAUGCAUACAAGGAGGGCGUUUACCAUCUCCCCAAUGAUGAACCAGAAUCAGAACGCCUAGACAUUCAACAUCACAUGUUCCAACUCACCUUCGAUGGCAAGCUACAGCUUUGUCCUGUCAAAGAGCAGAAACAAUUGAAUCGCGUCUUGGAUUGCGGUACUGGCACCGGAAUAUGGGCGAUUGACUUUGCCGACGAACAUCCAGAAACACAGGUAAUCGGCGUCGAUUUGAGUCCAAUACAGCCGUCGUUCGUCCCCCCAAACGUUCAUUUCUUCAUCGACGACCUCGAAGAAAACUGGACCUUCACCACCAAGUUCGACUUUAUCCACUGCCGCAUGAUGACUGGCGCCAUAGCCAACUGGCCUCGCUUCUUCGAACAUUGUUACGAGAAUCUUACGCCAGGAGGCUUCAUCGAAGUAACAGACAUCGUCUUCCCUGUCGCUUCGGACGACAACACGAUACCCCCGGACUCGGACUUCAGAAGGUGGUCCGACCUGCUCCUCGAAAGUGCCGCCAGGGUCGGACGUCCAAUCGACAGCGCCGACCACUACCCCACACAGUUGGCGGAGGCCGGGUUCGUCAACAUCGUGAAGAAGAGAUUCAAGUGGCCUCAGAACCCGUGGCCCAGGAGUAGUAAAUACAGGGAGCUGGGCGCGUGGACCACAGAGAACAUCACCAAAGGCGUAUCGGGCCUUAGUAUGGCCUUGUUCACUCGAGCGCUAGGAUGGUCUGUCGAUCAAGUCGACACAUUCCUUACUAGCGUGAAGAGAGAUAUGGCGAGCCCACAUAUUCAUGCCUAUUACAACAUACACGUUAUAUAUGCAAAUAAGCCGGCAUGAAUUAAAAGGUUGGAACCCCCGUGGCCGAUCAGGGACUUGAUAUCUCAUAGGACUAUAGACGGCAUAUAGACGUGAUAGUUUACUCCCAUGAAUACGAGGGGUC